AUAUAUAUAAAUUUUUGACCCUAGUGAACUCUUUUUUUAGUUCCGUCACUAGAAUGACACGAUUUUCAUUGUAAAACAAUCGAUGAUAUAACUACUAUAUGAAUCUGAGUUAAGGAAGUAAGAUGUUCUUUGUUCUAUGUUAACUAGCUUUUUUUGUCUUAACAAUAACAAUAAUCUAUUACUCUUUGUGCAGUACAGUCCAUAAUCAUAAUGAAAACAAAAUAAAAGAGGAAGUUAUUACAACAUUACUUCAGUAUUUGUCCAUGUACAAAACAAACAAGGAAAUUGAAGUGAGAAGACGAUCUAAAAGCCAAGAUUCAUAAACCAUAGGAUUAAUAUGAAAAUCAGCUUUGGAUUCAUUCAAAAUCGAGAGAAACAAGAGAUUCAUAUUCCUUUAUUUUAAUUUUAGUUGUGUUUUUUUCUAUUAAUUUAGAACUAAAAUGUAUAAAAAUACAUUUAGUUAUUUUUAUAGUUAUUUGGUAAAUAUCUUAAAUCUUAAUUAAUAUAUUUGGUAAAUAUAAUUAAAACACUUUGGAUUUUUCAGUUCAGUUUAAUUUAAAACUGAUUCAAACUGAACCGUUUGGAUUGAUAAAUUUUUUGAUAAAAUGAUUUAGGCAUGUAUUUUAGUUUGGUUUGGGUUGGUUUUAAUUCGGCUAGAUCAAUUUGGUUUGAUUCUGUUUUUUUUUUUUUUUUUCCCAGAGAACACUAAUUUAUUGUUGCAGUGUUUCAGAAGACGGUGGCGAAUAUUGCGAGUGGUCUUACACGUGGCCAGAUAUUUAUAAUUGGGCUCGAUAAGCUGAAAACAAAAAUAAUUGUAUUGGGCCCUUAGCGUAGCCUUUUACAUAAGAAAUGGUUCACUUCGGUUCGGUUGAGUUUUUCUUUUCUGUUGGUUCGAUUGGAUACAUAAUUCGAAUCCUCAAUGAUCCGAUUACCCGGACUGCUUCGGUUAUUACGGUUAUCUGAGCUUCGUCUUCCUCAGUCAGAUCUUGCUGCUGUUCCUCAAUUUGACGGAAGAAGAAGAAGACUCAGAAUGGAUACGUUCAGCGCGGAGGAUCUGUCGACGAUCGGCGGAAUCGCGACAGUGUCGCUCCUUCAUUCGUUCAUUCCGACGCAUUGGUUACCUUUCUCCAUCGUCGGACGCGCUCAGAAAUGGACGCUUUCCAGAACCCUCUUCGUCACUGCAUUUGGAGCAGUCUUGCAUGUCAUAUCCACUGCCCUUCUUGGUAUUACAGCCAUCACAAUGGCUGACACCAUUGCCGGUGAAGAGACUGUUCACAAGCUGGCUUCCCUUUUGCUUGUGUUUCUCGGUGGAAGCUACAUCUUGCUCUUUUUGGCUGGUAAAGGAGGUCACAAUCAUUCUCAUAACCAGCCCAUGGAGAAGAUGGCUGUUGCUGGCCUUGUCCUUGUUCCCGCGUUAUCUCCUUGUGCAACCACUCUCCCUGUUUUCCUCGCUGUUGGAAACUCAAAGCCCAUGAUGAUUCUCGCCAUCAUAGUUCUGCUCAUCAGCACCAUUUUGGUGAUGACAUCGCUGGUAGCUCUAUCGUUCUAUGGUGCAAGCCAGCUGAAGUUUCACUGGGUGGAGCGAUACGACAAACUACUGGUUGGUUCGGUCCUGUGUCUGGUAGGUGUUUUAACCCUUCUCUUCCAUGAUCAUGACCACCACCAUGGUCAUGAAGCACAUCAACUCCACAGGAAAAUCAUUACUCUCUAGAGACCACUUCUGUUUUUCCUGUUUCGUCUGUUUGUUGUAGAGCGGCUUAAUGUUUUCUCACCUUGUAUGUCUAUAACUAGUUGUAACGCACUCUGUUGCACGUGAAGAAUUCUUAUGCCAGUGUUGAAUUCCUAUAACAUAAUAACAUUAGUUGUGAAUGUGAUUUUCGUAAGCAGUAUAUCAAAUCCAUAUGUAUGCUACA